AUGACGGAAGAGAAUGCUGAAAGUGGAGCGGCUUUGGUGAGAGAGCCGCGCGGGCACAAAAAGAGGUUAUGCAAAAAGUAUGGGAUUUGUGGGCAGCAGGGUUAUGGAGGAUACCAGGGGUACCAACAAGGGUACCAACAGGGGUACCAACAGGGGUAUCCGCCGGCGAUCAACAUUGGUAUCAGCCAGUCUCAAUCCUCAGCAAGCGCUGGAGGCGGUGGUUACAGCAGCGGGUACUAUCCUAAUAAUUAUCAGUACAACGGGCCUCAACCGGGAUACGGCGGUUACCACGGAGGCUAUGGAGGUUUUGGAGGUCCCCAAGGAUUUGGAAGACCAGGCUUCAGUAACGGACAAGGGGGAUUUAAUAACCAGUUUAACGGAAACUACUACGGCCCAGGAGCCGGCAAUGGGUUUGGUUUCCCUGGACAAGGUGUAUACUACGAUGAGGCUCAUAAUGAGGGUUCACAUGAUGAAGGUCUUAGUCAACAGGAGCAGAAUGACCAGGCGAUUUUUGGUGAUGAUCAUGGUCGGCCAGAUGGUCCUCAUGAACAUGGACAAUAUGGACAUGAUUAUGCUCUUUCCGGUUCAUUUGCUUUUGCUGGUCGCAAAAAUAGUUAA